GUUAUGUUUAAAUGGAAAUUAGAAAUCGUCGACGAAGACAGCGGUAAGACAGUUUCGCUGGGGGAAGCCUCUUGUGUUUUCAACAGACCAAGGCAAGGCUUCGUGUCUCAUCCAAACGACUGGAUUUCUAUUGACCUGGAUACAAUAGUCAGUAGCGGUUGCAUUGCACCGGACGGGUCAGCGACAUUGAAGUGGACUGUUGUUACGAAACCAAUUUUACAAAUCGAGAAUGUAGCGGAGUUUCACGAAAUACUGGAAACGUUAAAAACAUUUUGUGACAAUUAUGAAGGACCAGAAGAACAAAUCUCUUAUAUUCUGAGAAAAGUACUCGAAAAUGGUGACAGAAUGACUCGAAUGGAAAAUAUACUUUCUGAUAUGGAC